AUGUCGUUACCUUCUUGCCCAGUUCCUCCUCCAAUAUUGAUUGCUGAAGAUAAUAUUCAGAGAAAGCAUCAAUCCAAGAAUUGUACCGAAGUAGUGUUUGAAGGAGAAGGUGGAGGUUGUAUUCAAGGCUCUGCCGAUCUUCCGAGGAAUGGUACCGAUUCAUUCCAUGAUCUUUCAUCGGAAUGGAUCAAGUCUAUUCUAUGCGAUAUUAAUGGAGAUUAUUUCAAAAGUAUUGAUGCUGAGGAUCAUCCCAAUCAUUCCUUAUUAUUGGAUGAUGCCAAUGCUUAUCAAGCAUUCAGAGAUGAGAUCCGAUUCAAACCUACGGCUGAUCAUCAUACCAAUCAGCUGCCACAAAUAUACCCCGAAGGAGGUAUUGUAUUGAAGGGUGGUUAUGGUUCUGAUCCCAAUUUGAUCCUUAGUUGUAAUCCUAGUUUGUUCAAUUUAGGAUGUUUCUCGUUAUUGCUAAGAGUUUUUGUUACUAAAGAAUCGAGAUCAAUUGCAACCAUGGGACAGUCGUAUCGUUGGUUUGGCUUAACUCCAACUCAUGUGACUCUGAAUAAUCAGGAUCAAAAGUUUGAAAUUUAUGGAGUUAAAUUAAACCAGUGGAAUGAAAUCUUUGUCUCCUUCAAUAAUCCACAGCCAGAGUACGAGAAUGAGGAAUUGAAGAACUCCAACACGGCAAAAGAAAUUCUGUUGAUUGUCAAUGGAAGAGAAAUGUCCAUCCCAUUGUCGUGUGACAUGUCCAUAGCGACAGCAAAUGAGAGAGUGAGAGCUUUUGACAAGGAAUUGUCAUUUGUCAAUUAUUCAAACGGCGCUAGCUUGAUUGGGCUUGUCUCGAGUGUAGUUCUACUCAACAAAUCAUGUCAACAUUUGGAGGAACUUAAAUCAGUGGGUAAGAAGUUGCUUGAGAAACACAAGAAGCCAUCCAAGACUUUCUCAGAAGCUUUAGACUCGGUCUCAAAGGUGAAGGUUGUGCAUCCAGAUCACGUUGAAUCCGUUGCUCAAUUCGAUGCUGCCAUCACAGAGAAUCGUCUUGUGGUGGUCGAUUUCUUUGCGACAUGGUGCUGCCCUUGCAAGGGAAUUGCUCCUUUCUUUGCAAGUCUUGCAGGGAAAUAUCAAAAUGCGAAGUUCCUUAAAGUAGAUGUCGAUCAAGUUCCGGAUCUUUCCAGUAGAUUCGAAGUCAACUGUAUGCCAACCUUCUUAUUCUUGCGGGAUGGAGAAUCAGCUGUGACACGUUUAGAAGGAGCCAAUGAAAAGGAGCUGGAAAACAAAGUGAUCGAACUCGUUUCCAAAAUUUAG